AGUAGUGCUGGUGGUGCUGGUNGAGGGCAGCGGAAGUGGCAGCAGCAGUAGCAACAAUGGAGGAAGUAGCAAUAGUCCUAGCGAGGACGACGAGGACGAUGAGCCCGAUGAUAUAGAGGGCUCCGGAGAUGGAAAGGGCGAAGGUCUAAUUGGAGGUUCGAGUAAUACCUCGACGACGACCACUACCACUUCUGAACCAUCUUCUACGUCGACGACCACGACUACGACGACAACAACGACCACAACGACAACUACAACGACAACUCCAUCAACGACCACCACUUCAACUACCACGACCACCACAACUCCUGCUCCAAUUAGCAGCAGCAGCAGUCGAAGACCGGCGCUUCCACCUAGCGAUGAUGAGGACGAUGAUGAUUUCACUGAAGGCUCCGGUGAUAAACCUCGAAAGGAGUCGGCGGACGAUGUGGAAGGCUCGGGUGAUAAACCCAGAGAAGCUGUUGAGUCAAUUUCGAGCUCUACAUCCUCCACCACAACUAGCACCUCCUCACCUUCCACCACUGCUGGUUUUGAGUUUGCUUCCAGCACUCCCGUGGUAACAUCAACAAGCAGUACUACUUCUACUUCAAAGACCACAACUCCCGACGAGCCCGACUACAUUGAGCCGGAGCCGGAUGAUCCGCUGGAUCAGGUGGAGAACGAUCCUGAGGGCCGUUAUCAGAGGCCGCACCAUCCCUCGACGGGACAGCCGCCGGAGAUUGUCGAUGGAAAGUCCUAUCCCUCGCAGAAUCCGCCCUUUAUCGCCCGACCGGGUAUUCUUGCUGGUAAGUUGGUGUUCUUGCUUUUGAGANUUGAGUUUGCUUCCAGCACUCCGGUGGUAACAUCAACAAGCAGCAGUACGACUUCUACUUCGAAGACCACAACUACAACUCCCGACGAGCCCGACUACAUUGAACCGGAGCCGGAUGAUCCGCUGGAUCAGGUGGAGAACGACCCCGAGGGUCGCUACCAGAGGCCGCACCAUCCCUCGACGGGACAGCCGCCGGAGAUUGUCGAUGGAAAGUCCUAUCCCGCGCAGUAUCCGCCCUUUAUCGCCCGACCGGGUAUUCUUGCUGCCAUCAUCGGUGGCACCGUCGUCGGCCUGCUCUGCGCCAUCAUCCUCGUCAUGUUCAUUGUCUAUCGGAUGCGCAAGAAGGACGAGGGCAGCUAUCCGCUGGACGAGGCGAGGCCCUUCANCUGGUAA